AUGGCCACCGGUCCACCAAUCGAGGCACGCUCGCUCGACGAACUGAACGUGCUGGCUUCGAACCCUCCCAACUACUCAGAGACCCCUAAGAAGAAUGAACCUCUAGUGCUCUACAUUUCACGAGUGCCAGGAGAACGAACUAUAUUACUCUCCCCAUUAAAGCCUUCCAAGAAGAAUGUUUGCGAGGCAGACGUUUUAAGCGCUCUCUACGUUGUUAAUCUAGUUCCGAGCGACCAAGCCGCCGGAAGGUUGCAGCUGCUUGAGCCAGACAGCAACGGGAACGCCCAGAUCAUGAAGGUUCCUCGCAAGCCCUUGCCCGAAAGCGCCCGGCCGAUGACGCCGGACAGCGCAAGUAGCUCCAACGUGAACCUGGCGGCCCCCCCUGUGCCAAACGGGCGCCAGCGCGGCGCAUCCAUCGCCUCACAAGACGACGGCUCCCGCCCAGCCCUGCCUUCGUCCGUGGCGACCGAAUCGUACACGCCGGAGCCCAGCGCCGACGGGCCUAGCCGCACCCUGCAGAUACCCCCAAGCAUCCAGACGGCCCCCGCCCGCAAGCCAGUCGGGCCGCGGGUCAUGCCGGGCCCAUCCAUGGCCUUUCCCGACGGUUCGCCUGCCCCGGCCGCCGGCGGUCGGGAUCGAUCCGACAGCGUCGCCAGCGCCAUGCAGGAGAUGCGCAGAGCCCAAGAGGCCGUUGCGAACAGCAGCCGGUCACCGUCCCCCAGAAAACAAAGCGUCGUAUCGCUGUCGUCAUUGCCCGGCGAACUCUUUCUACUGGACCUGAUUCGGAGGAACCCCAGCACGGGCGAGCAAUGGGACGUCGGGACGGUCGCCUCGCGGCAGUCCGAGCAUGGCCUGCCGAAGACGGGCCCUCUUCCCUUUGGUGGGCCGACGAGCAGCCUGCCGAUCAACAUCUAUCUCGAAAACUCGGGCUACGCCAAGUUUCGUCCCCCUCGGGGUAGCACCGCGAAAUGCAUCAUGUUCCGGCAGCUCCAGAUGGGCUACGCCAAGAGCUUCAUGUCGAACAUCAACAUUUCAAACAUCAACAUUUCAAACAUCAACAUUUCGAACAUCAACAUGUCGAAUAUCAACAUGUCAAACUUCAAGGGCAUGAUCCAGGGGAUGGGGUCCCGUGGCCGGAGCGACAGCGACUCGUCCCAGGAGCUUGGUGCUUCCGGGCAACCCGGCCCGGACAUGACGCGGCGCGGCUACACCUUCACCAGCCCGUGGAACGGCCAGUGCAACUUCCGGACCGGCGCGAGCGGCGGCACCGUCCGCUGCUACCACACGCCGCAUGUGCUCAACAACAGCCUGGCCCAGGUGUGCGGCCAGUCGCCGGAGGGGCAGGGCGGUGACGCGGCGCCGCCGCCCUCUUACUGCAUGAGCGAGCUGCGCUUCGACCUCCCGAUCGUCGAGAAGCUGAUGGACCAGGAGGCCACGAAAAAUCUACUCUCAAAGCUCCGAUGGCCGGCGGCCGACCACCAACAUGAUGAUGCGACACUGUUGAGCCACUAUGAUGAUACGGCACCACUCGCUGUUUCGCCGCCUGACGUCAACCUCGGCGCGGAACAAGCGGGGGGCGGCACCCGCGGCAACAGGGCCAAGCUCGGCAAGUUGAUAAUCUACGACGAGGGCCAAAAGAUGCUUGACCUGACCGUCGCGGCGAAUAUCGGCAUCUGGUGGGGAGCCUGGGAACGGAUUUUCUAA